AUGACACGAGUAGUAGUAACAGGUAUUGGAAUCAUAUCACCAUUAGGUGUUGGAUUACGGCACAAUUGGAAAAGAUUAAUAGCUGGAGAAUCGGGUUUAAUAUCAACUUCAUCAUUACCAAAUUAUACAAAAGAUGGUUGGGAUAAAAUUCCAUCAAAAGUUAUUGGGAAAGUUCCCGAAGGAUCAAUAAAAAAUGGCCAAUGGGAUCCAUUAGAACAUUUUGAAAAGGGAGAAAUUAGAAGAUUAGCUGAAUUUAGUCAAUAUGGAUUAGCAUGUACUGAAGAAGCAUUACAAAAUUCGAAAUUAAAUUUAUCAAAUGAAAACCCACAAAGAAUUGGAAUUGCAGUAGGAAGUGGGAUUGGAUCAUUUCAUGAUAUUUAUGAUAAUUCAAUUGCAUAUCAUGAAAAUGGAUAUAAGAAAGUACAACCUUUAUUUAUACCCAAAUUAUUAAAUAAUAUGGCAGCUGGAAAUAUAUCAAUAAAAUAUGGUUUAAAAGGUCCAUUACAUUCAGUUUCAACUGCAUGUGCUACUGGGUUACAAGCUAUUGGUGAUGCUUAUAAUUUUAUAAAAUUAAAUUAUGCAGAUGUAAUGAUAUGUGGAGGUACUGAAAGUUCAAUUCAUCCAUUAGCUUUAUCGGGUUUUGCAAGAGCUAGAUCGGUUGUAACUGAUUUUAAUGAUGAACCUACAAAAGCAAGUAGACCUUUUGAUAAAGAAAGAAAUGGGUUUGUAUUAAGUGAAGGUUGUGGAAUUAUGAUACUUGAAAAAUUGGAUCAUGCUUUGAAAAGAGGUUUAACUAAAGAUGACAUUUAUGGUGAAGUAUUAGGUUAUGGGGUAUCAGGUGAUGCGUAUCAUAUAACUGCUCCAAGAGAAGAUGGAGAAGGAGCAUUUAAUGCAAUGAAUCAAGCAUUAGAAAGAGCUGAAUUAGACCCGUCACAAAUUGACUAUAUAAAUGCUCAUGCAACAUCAACGGUUAUUGGAGAUAGAGCUGAAAAUAAUGCAAUGAGUAGAUUAUUUCCUGCAAAGACUUUAGUUUCUUCAACAAAAUCAUCAAUUGGUCAUUUACUAGGAGCUGCUGGUGCUGUUGAAUCGAUAUUCACAAUCAAUGCUUUAAAAACUAAAGAAAUUCCACCAACUUUAAAUUUAAAUGAUGUUGGAGGUAAUGAAAAUGAUGAUAAAAAUAAAUUUAUAUUUGAUUAUGUGGCAAAUAAAGCUAAAACUAAUAUUGAUUUAAAUUAUACUAUGUGUAAUUCAUUUGGUUUUGGUGGUGUAAAUAGUUCCUUAAUUUUUGGAAAAGUGUAA